ACUGAUAAUAUCGGUCGUUUAGCAGUAGCAACAGUAAGUAGCUGCUGCUGCAGUUUUUGGCUGACGGGAUUUUCGUAAUUAUGUUAAAUUUUUACUUAAUGGAAUUUAAUAUGAGCUAGUAGAUAAUAAUUAACUAUGAAAUAAAAUUAAACAAAAUUUCACUGUUCAAAUUUUUAUUGGAUAAGAUUUGUACGCGUGAAAUGUAUAGAGUAUUCAUAUGGAGUCGCUCAGUGUAUCAUUUAAUUAUAUUUUAAAUCUUAUUUCUUAAAAGACUUAAUAAUUUAUUUUUCAAAAUCUUCAAAGAAUAUUGAAGUACCUACUAAUUAAAAAAUGUCAGCAUUAUUUAAACGAGCUGAACAACUCAAACGCUGGGAAGAGUCGGAUACAAAUCGGGAAUCACCUGUUCGAAAGAAUAUAAAAGCUGUGUCAUUUCCAAUAGAUUGUGCUUUUUUAGCAUCUGUAGCAUCUGGAGACAAGAAUGAAGUAAACAGUUUAUUAUAUUUGACUGCAGAUAUUAAUGCAGCUAAUGCUGAUGGCCUCACUGCUUUGCAUCAAGCUUGUAUUGAUGAUAAUUUAGAUAUGGUUGAGUUUUUGGUUGAACAUGGUGCUGAUGUUAAUAGAGGUGAUAAAGAAGGCUGGACACCAUUACAUGCAACAGCAUCUUGUGGAUUUUUAAGUAUAGCUAAGUAUUUGUUAGAACAUGGUGCAGAUGUAUCUGCAAUUAAUUGUGAUCAAGAACUUGCUAUUGACAUAGCAGAAUCUGAUGAAAUGAGACAACUUUUGCAACAAUAUUUAAAAGAAGCAGGUAUUGACUGUGACGAUGCUAGAAAUAAAGAAGAAAGACUGAUGCUAAGAGAUGCUCGUGAAUGGAUUAACACAAAAAAAUUUAAAGAUUCUCCUCAUCCUACUACUGGUGCAAUGGCCAUACAUGUUGCUGCAGCUAAAGGAUACAUUAAAGUUAUAGAGCUUUUGAUUCAAGCUGGAGCUGACAUAAACUGUCAAGACUAUGAUGGUUGGACACCAUUACAUGCUGCGGCAUAUUGGGGUCAGAAAGAAGCUUGUGAAAUAUUAGUUGAACACUUCUGUGAUAUGAAAAAGAAAAACUUUGUGGGCCAAACUGCUUUUGAUGUGUGUGAUGAAGAUAUUAAAGAUUUAUUAGAUGAAUUAAAAAAGAAGCAAGCUUCUCAAAAUAGUGAUGUAUCAGAUAAAAAUUAUCUAAUCAAUAAUAAAUUGUCAAAUACUCAAAAAAGGAGAUCUUCAAUCAGCAGGCUUUCAGGAAAUGAUAAACAAACAUUGAAAAAAGAUAAAGAAAUUGUAUUAGUUCAAAAUCGAAUCAUCCAAGAAGAAGAAGAUGAAACCAAAUUACAAGAUAACUUACCUAAAAGCAAUAAAGUUGAAAUUGAACUAACUCCACUUGAACAAUGUAAACCUGAAAUAAAUAAUGCUAACUCUACAAAAGAUAAUAAAUAUUCUACUUUAUUGGAAAAUAAUGAACUGAAACCCCCAGAAAUUGUCUUACGUCGAACACAAAGCUUUGAAUCUGAUGAAAAAUUCUAUCGUCGUUAUUGUGAGCUACGUGCUAAAAUUAAAGGUAAUUUAUGGGGAGUUAUACAUUCUUCUCCUACAACAAGUACAUCACCACCAAUGAGAACAGCCUCAUUGAAAGAAAAGCCUCAAUCAAGACGCAAUAAAAGUAAUUUCAGAGACGAACAAACCAAUUUAUCACCUGUUCCAAAUAUAUCAAGUGAUUCUUCUCAACCUGCAUGUUCCCAACAAAAUAUUCGCAGUGGUGUCAAAGCUUUUAUCAGUGGGCUACAAAUGCAACAGAAACAAGCAGAAACAACUCAUAAAAUAGUUCCUGGAAACAUCUUUAAAAAUUUUUUCAAGUCUUUUGUUCCUCCAGUUAGAGAUGAUGAAUCAGAAACACAACGUAAAGCACAUGCCAAACGAGUUAGAGAAACUAGAAGAUCCACCCAAGGUGUUACUCUAGAGGAGUUAAAAACUGCCGAACAAAUAGUUAAGCAAAAAAAUCAGGAUAUUGGAAAGAGCAAAUUAAUAAAUUCAACUCAUAUAGAAACUAAUAAUAAUUCUACCAACAAAGUUGUUCAACCACAGGCUAAAACAGAAGAGCAUAUAACAGUAACAGCUACAAUUACCCCAUUGGCCAGAAAUAUUUCAUCUAAUAUAUCAGAUAACAGUGUGGAAAGAAGGCCUUCUUGGAGACUAAGGGUCGAAAAUGGCAGUAAGUUUUUACUUGAAGAUGUUAGAUCUAAUGAACCAACUUCAAAAAUGUCAAACCAGUCAGCUCACAUUCCCUCAACAGUUGAAGCAAGUACAGAUACAACAGUAACACUGCCAUUAAGGAGUUCAUCAUUUAAAUCAGAAGAAGAUAAUGAACAAGAUAAAGAAAAUGACUGUAGAAAUCAUCAAACUACACAAGCAGUUAUUCAAAGAAGAAAAAGACCAAAAAGAAGAUCUACUGGAGUAGUUCAUGUUGAUUUAGAUGAAAUUGACCCUGAUAGACAAGAUACUUCAUCAUGUGGUGGAACUGAUGAAAGUAUUGGUGAAGUAAGUGGUGGUGAUAAUAAGAUAAGUCAUACAUCAAGACUUGGAUCAGUAUCAUCUCAAGAUAAUAAAUUAGGUAGUUCUGCAACAUCUCCUGUUUCUUGUAUUGAAAAUGGAGAAAUAGAUUACAAAGCUCUAUAUGAAGAAGUAGUAGUAGACAAUGAAAGGUUACGUAGACAGUUACAAAAGACUGAAGAAGAUCUAUUAGAAGCCAAAAUAACUAUAGAAAAACAAUCAACCAAUACAAGUAAAAAUACUUUAUCUGAGAUUGAAAAACGAGAAAGGCGGGCUAUGGAAAGAAAACUAUCUGAAAUGGAAGAAGAACUUAAGCAAUUACAAAAAUUGAAAGCAGAAAAUGAAAGACUUCGAACUGAAAACAGAGCUCUUACAAGAGUAGUUUCUAAACUUACUCAUACAUGAUUAUGUGAAUUCUUCAUUUUAUAUCAAAUAGAACAAUUACGACAAGAAAAUCAAAGGUUAAAAGAUGAGAAUGGUGCUCUGAUUCGAGUAAUAAGUAAACUCUCUAAAUAGUGAUAACUUUAGGUUAUAUUUUAAUUAAAUACUAUAAAUAACUGUUUUUUUCAUAUAGUACUCAGUAUUAAUUAAUUUUGACGAGAAAUAAUUUUUUGUAUCAUAAAUAUAUGUAUGUAAAAUUUAAUUUUUUAUUUAUUGUACAACAGAUGCAUCAUAUUUUCUAUUUGACCAUUAUUUAAAUAAACCAUUAAAUAGUGAUUUUUAACUAUUAAACCAAAUUUAUAUUAUACUAGAUUAUUUUUAAAU